ACCAUCUUGGUCUUCAGCUUAAUCAUGGCAUCCUAGGAUGCCAACAAGAAAGAGCUCAGAGACAGCAGCUGCCACGUGGAACCGCUGCCAGAGCUCUACCCAGGAGAAGUGAGAAGCAUCAGGGAUGUGCUAAUGCAAGGGAUCUUCCAACAUAAGGUCUAUAUUAUGAAGGGGCUUCAUCAGAGACUUUCCACAACUACCAGCUCCACAGCUCCUGGAAAUAAAGAAGGAGAGAGAACUACAAAGUCAAUGCCUGGGAGCCAGAGAACUGUGCCAAUGCCAGCAGUUGUAGAGAAGAAAAAAGGAAGGGAGCCAGCAUGGAAACCCAGCAACCUGGGGCAGCUGAAUCCCAGCCUGGCUCUCCACCUCAGAAGGAAAGUGUUCUCUAUUGGAUUUACAUUAUUUGCUUGAAGAAAAUGGGGUUAAUAGAUAAAUGCUGAAAUAGAGAGAGGUGUUUCAGUUAUUAAACAAA